AUGGAGUUUCCGGAUCUCGGGGCGCACUGUUCCGAGCCGAGCUGUCAGCGCUUGGAUUUUCUGCCGCUCAAGUGCGACGCCUGCUCGGGCAUCUUCUGUGCAGACCAUGUGGCCUAUGCUCAGCAUCACUGUGGAUCUGCUUACCAAAAGGAUAUUCAAGUACCUGUCUGCCCACUCUGUAAUGUGCCUGUGCCUGUGGCCAGAGGGGAGCCCCCUGACCGUGCUGUGGGGGAGCACAUUGACCGAGACUGUCGCUCGGAUCCAGCACAGCAAAAACGAAAGAUCUUCACCAAUAAGUGUGAACGUGCUGGCUGCCGGCAGCGGGAAAUGAUGAAACUGACCUGUGAACGCUGUGACCGAAACUUCUGCAUCAAGCAUCGUCACCCACUGGACCAUGAUUGCGCUGGGAAGGGGCACCCAACCAGCCUGGCAGGACUUGCUGCUAUCUCUAGGAACCAAGGCCUGGCUUCUACAAGCACUGUCCCCAGCCCAAGUCAGACCUUGCCUUCAUCUCCCUCUCCCAGCAGAGCCGCAGCCCAUUCUCCAUCAUGGACCGCCCCUCCAGUGAUUGCUUUGCAGAAUGGCUUGAGUGAGGAUGAGGCUCUGCAGCGAGCCCUGGAAUUGUCCCUGGCAGAGACCAAAACCCAGGUCCCAAGUUCUCAGGAGGAAGAAGACUUGGCUUUAGCGCAAGCACUGUCAGCCAGUGAGGCAGAGUACCGACGGCAGCAAGCCCAAAGCCGCAGCCUGAAGCCGUCCAACUGCAGCCUGUGUUAG